CUCUCGUGCUUCAAGGUCUUCUUCCCUCAUCCAAGACCUUUACAUCUUUCAAAAAUUGAAGCCAUCAAAACCCUAAAUUACAAUCUUACGCUUUACCAAUGACUUCGUUUUUCUUAAAAGCAGCAAAACAAUAGAUGUGAUCUAAGAAUGGGAUUCGGAGGAGACGAUUGAAUUAUAUCUUCACUUAUUGAUUUGGUCCGGCUUUCUGGAUUUCUGUUUGUUGUUUGAUAAAUUAUAUUCCAAUCAUAUAUGAGAAGAUGGAAGUUGAGAAACGAAGUUCAAAGGGAGGGUUUCUUCAGUUGUUUGAUUGGAAUGCCAAAUCUCGGAAGAAACUCUUCUCAAAUAAACCGGAUUUACCAGAAAGUUCAAAACAAGGAAAAGAAAACUUAGACAAUUUGGCUACAUCAAGGCUUCAACAGAUGAAGCUACAUGAGAGCAUGCAUGGUUCAAGUCUAAUAGGAAAUGAUUGGGAUUCAUCCAUGAAUAAUGAUGAAGGAUGUGGAACAAAAGCCCCUGGGGUGGUGGCUAGACUUAUGGGAUUAGAUUCUUUACCAACUUUAGACACUUCUGACCCUGGUUUUACUCCAUUUAUUGACUCCCAGUCUUUUAGACAUUCAUAUAACCCAAGAUUGACCACUGAAUUUGAAACUGAGCACAAUUUUGUAAACUAUGGCAUGAGAAAUAAACUGGAUGGUUUUUCAAGAAACCCGGUUGAAGAUAGAUUACAAAAAUUACAAAAUCGCCCGAUUGAAAGAUUUAAAACUGAAGCAUUACCUCCAAAAUCAGCUAAAUCUGUACCUAUUUCACACCACAGAAUGUUAUCUCCCAUCAAAAGUCCUGGAUUCAUCCUUUCAAAAAAUGCUGCUUAUAUUAUGGAAACAGCUUCUAAGAUGAUUGAACAAAGUCCCCAGUCAACUCUCGGUCAAAGAUCCCCAUCUUUUAGGUCUUCUUCUAUCCCCUUAAGAAUCCGUGAUCUAAAAGAGAAAAUGGAAGCUGCACAAAGAACACCCAAAUCACACACCCCUGUGACUGUGAAUUCCUCUAAAUCACAAAGAAAAUGUCGGACUGAAAUUGUGGUUUUAAAGCAAAGUGCUCCAGGAAGUUUGAAGAACAAGAAUAAAUCUGUUAUUCCACCUGCUACCCCUUUGAAAACAGAUAAAUUAGAGGGAACCACUUCAAGAAAUAGUAGGAUUCCCAUGAAGCAAAAAGAAGAUUUGGAAAAGAAACAAAGGAACACACCAAAAAAGGUGCAUAUUCAUAAUAAUAGAUCAACAACAACAGGUAAAAGUAAAACCAAUGAAGUGCUUACACAAAACAAUCAAAAGCAAAACUGUGCAUCUAAUAAAGAUCGAUCAAGUCUAAAACCUAAGGUUCCUUACCAAAAUAAACCAAAGAAGGGUGUUGAAGCUUCUAGAAAGGAAUUGUUGCCAAAAACAAAGGGUAUUUCUGGGAAGAAAAGGCCAACUGAUGGGGAUACUACUAACACUGUAAUGAUCAAGGAAAAAGAAAGAUCUGUAAAAUGUAAUAUAUCUAUUGAUGGAUCUUCAAAUUGGGAGUCUGUUGACAUGAAAAAUGGGAUGGAUGUUGUGUCAUUUACGUUUACUUCACCUAUCAAGAAACCUGAAUCUGAGUCAUGUGGUCAAUCAGGAAUGAAGAAAAGAGGGUUGAGUCUUAAGUUUGAUGAUCAAAUUGAUUUGGGCACUUCAAAGCUUCCUACUUUUGGGACACCCAUGAUUGAUAGUGAUGCUUUGAGUGUUUUAUUGGAACAGAAACUGAAGGAAUUAAGUUGUUUAGUUGAAACAUCUCAAUCUGACAUUGUCAAUGAAGGGUCUUCUCCAAAUUCUGAUAAAAAUGAUAACAAUAUGCAGAAGGACAAGGGUAUCAUCCAAGAUGACUGUGAUAAACCGGAGUGGCAGGGUGUUGAAGUGAGAGAAUGCAACAGUGAUGAGAGUGGGACAACAACAUUAACAAGCAAUUGCAUAACUUCCAACAGCACAACCACCUUAACUAGCAAUGGAAACAAGGAGUAUCCUUACACAAGAAACAUGGAACAUUUAGCCGAGGAAAUAGAAUUGCAAGAUUCCGCCACAUCACUUCCCAAUCCCAAUUCCAACACCAUAUUCCAAUUCACCUCAAUGACAAAAUGGUCCUCACAAUGGGAAUUGGAAUACAUCAAAAAAGUACUUACCCACGCCGAAUUGCUCCUCGACCAAAAGGGCAUAAACGUCAAUUUAUACGAUCAUUUAGAGACCCACAACAACAAAAACAUGGACCCGUAUUUGAAAGUACAACGAAAGGCUAUUUUCGACUGUGUGAGUUUAUGCGUGGAUGGUAGACGCGAACGUGCUUUCAAUGGAAGCUAUGAGGAAUGGGCAAAAUGGUCAUUGCAGGUAAAAAAGAAGGAAUUGUUGGCGGAUGACAUAUGGAAGGAGAUAUGUGGGUGGACAAACAUGGAGGAGAUGGAGGUGGAUGAGGUGGUGGAGAAGGACAUGAGUAGUGGAGAAGGGAAAUGGUUGGAUUUUGAGAUUGAAGCCUUGGAAGAAGGCAUGCUGCUUGAAAACCAUCUUUUAACUGCAUUGAUCGAUGAAAUAAUAGUCGAUUUUUUGCACUCUUGA